AUGAAUGUUGCUCAAAAGCAUGGCGAGGUUGCAUUGUUCUUUACUAUAGUUAGUGAAGUUGUUAUUAUUGUUUCUGCCUCUUGCAAACGCAGAGAUGUUCUUCGAGAAAAAGAAUUGGCUAGAUUGGUUGAACUUGUUGAAAAAGGUGAACGUUUAAGUGGCUCGGGAUUGAAUCAAGAAACUUUCCUCAAACGACCUUCAGACACGUGUUGGGGUACACAUUACAACACACUGUUGAGUUUAAUUUUGAUGUUUCCAUCAAUUUUAGACAUGUUGGAGAUUGUCAGUCGAGAAGGUGCUAAGGAAGCGAGGGGAAAAGCAUACGUUUAUCUAAUCUUGAUGCUGACAUUUGAUUUUGUAUUUACUUUGUUUCUGGUGAGCACUUUGUUAGGAGUCACUAACGAGUCGUCGCAAGCAUUGCAACGGAAAGACCAAGACAUUGUGAAUGCCAUGAAUUUGGUCAAGAUAUCUAAAGAACAACUACAGACCAUGCGAGAUGGUGGGUGGGAUAGUCUUAUGAAUGAUAUCUCUGCUUUUUGUGCUAAAACAAAUAUUGUAGUCACUGAAAUGAUGUCUCUGUAUGUACCACUUGGGAGAGGUAGACGUAAUUUACAAGAACAGACAAAUCUGCACCAUUUUCAAGUGGGUUUGUUUAACAAUGUCAUUGAUAUGCAAACUGCAGCGCUUAAUGACCGUUUUGAUGAAGUGAACACCGAGUUGCUUCUUUGCAUGUCGCAUUUGAAUCGAUUCAUCGAAGCAAUAUUUUUCAGCUUUUGA